AUGGCACCGCAGAACCCGUCCUCCAGCAGCAGCGCCGCCGGGCCCUCGUCGCAGGCCAGCACCGCCGCCGCACCCGACGCCGCACAGCACGCGCAGGCCGUGCGCUUCCUCACCUCGCUCCCCGCCACGGCGCAGCCGCACAAGGAGCGCUUCCUGCGCGACAAGGGCCUCUCCGACGCGCAGAUCGCCGCCGCCGUCGCCGCCGCCGAGCGGCCUGCGCUGCCUGCAACCUCAUCCGAGGCACCCGCGGCACCGGCCGAGGACGAGGCGGCGUGGCAGCUGGCGGCGCGCGCCUUCGACGACCCGAUGCAUGCGCCGCCCGACGCCGCCCGCCUGGCGCUGCCGCCGCGCUCCUAUCCGCGCUCGCCCCUCGCCCUGUACGCCGACUCCGCGCGCGGCUCGGCGGGCGCGCCGCCGCCGCUGACGCCGCGCGAGCGCUACGCCGUCGUGCUGGGCUUCGUGCGGCGCCUCAGCUACCUGCUCGUGCUCAGCGGCGGCAUCGGCGCCGUCGCCGUCGGCCUGUGGCGCACCUACCUCCUGCCGCGUCUCACAGCCAUGCUCACGGCGCGCUCGCAAUUGCUCACGCGGCAUGUGGAGCUGUACGACUCGCUCGUCUCGCAGUUGCACUCGCUUGGCACGAAGGCUCUCGCCCCAUGUGCCGUGCCACUUGACGCUGCGGAACGCGCUACUGCACAGGAGCUCGACGAGGGCAAGGCCGACGAGAAGGCCGCCAAGCGCGUCUCGUUUGCAGACGAAAAGGGCGGGCACCUCGAGCGCGGGCCCGAGGAGGCCAAGGCCGAGGCGGCGCGCAACAAGGGCGCGCUGAAGAAGGAGGAGAGCAAGGAGGACGCGGCGGCGGGUUCUGGCACGGCCGAGGACGGCGAAGCGCAGGAGGCGCCCGCAGAGCCGGCCGUCGAGCCAAUCCACCUUGCGCCCGACUUUCCCUCGUCUCUCACGCGCCUGGCGGCUGCGCUGCGCAGCUCCGCCUCGUCGUCCGCGCCCAAGGCCAGCCCACGCGUCGCGUCCGUCACGGCCGUGGCCGACGACUCGUCCGACGACUGGGAGUCGUCUGAGAUGUCCGACGGGCUCGAGUUCGACCCCUUUGCGCCGCCACGGCCAUCUGCGCUGCGGCGGCGACGUGCCAAGCACGGCGGCACGACGAGCGCCAGCGUGCCAGACCUCAGCAAGUCGAUUGGCUCGUUCAACGCCUUUCUGCAUGCCCAGACGCUCGCCGCGGCCACGCCUCUCACACCACGCUACGGCUUCACCCAGACGGCGACGAGCGCCAAGGGCAGCGGCGAGAGCGGCUCGGAGCGCGAGGGCCGGCUGGACGUGGGCGUGCUCAAGGCGGAGAUUCGCAGCCUCAAGGGACUGCUGCUCAGCCGACGCAACUUCCCGAGCUAUGCCCGGACAGGCACGGCGAGUCCGACGACCUCGGCCACGGCGGCCUGA